AUGGAGUUUGACUCCUACCAGCACUACUUCUACGACCACGACGCCCAGGAGGAUUUCCACCGCUCCACGGCACCCAGCGAGGACAUCUGGAAGAAGUUCGAGCUGGUCCCCACGCCCCCCCUCUCCCCCCUGGGUACCCCCGGGGAGAAAGGCUGCUGCUCGGCAGCGGAGGAGCGCCCGGGCUGGCUCUCCCGUUACUGCCUGGCCGGGGAAGAGCCGGAGUAUCUCAUAGGGACGGGGCAGAUCUUCGGCAACCUCAGCGCUUUCAUUCUCAAGGAUUGCAUGUGGAGCGGGUUUUCAGCCCGAGAGAGACUGGAGCAGGCGAUGACCGAGGAACUCGAGUGCGUGGAUCCCGCGGCCGUCUUCCUCUGCCCGCUGGCCGAGAGCAAGAUCCCCGCGUCCUCGGGCUCCGAGGGCCAAAGCGAUUCUG